AUCAGCUGGCGUUGCAGUUCAUUAUUUGUUCGCAUCUCUUGUUUGUGUAAUUUCAGCGGCUAUGUCGCUAAAUAAACAUAGUUAAGCCUUUUAUUUAGUUCAAAGUUAGAGUACAAAACACCUUUUUUAAACAAUACAUAGUUAAAACUGUGAGUGCUGUAACAGCGAACACUACAUAACAUAACACUUGUUGUUUAUAAUUUCGUGUAUUGUCACGGAUGGAGGCAAAAUUAAAGGAAUAUCGCGCUCUUCGACGUCGCAAAGAGCUCAUUGAAAACGCGAAGAACAAGCUUGACCAAUCUAAGAAUAAAUUUGUGGAUUUCAUCACUCCAAACUUCUUCAAAGAGAUGGAGAAUGCAAAAGAAGAUGAGGUGUUGUUGAUAGAAAAUGAAGAACCAAGAGCUUCUGAGUACCCUCUCCACCAGUUUGAGGAUAGUACAGACAUAGCAUCAGAAAUCAGUGAGGUAGAAACCUUGGCACCAGAAACACAAGAAUCUUGGCGAUACUUCAUCAUCAAAUGGUCCAUUUACACCAUAAUAUGGCUUACACUAUAUGCAUUCUUCUUGAAGAUUCAAUUUGGUGCCGUCUUCUUUGUAUUUUCCGUUUUAAUUGGAAUAUAUUUAAAUACUAGAACAGGGCCGAAGAAGAAGGGAGAAGUGUCAGCAUAUAGUGUAUUUAAUAAGGACUGUGCCAGCAUUGAUGGCACACUCAAAGCUGAACAGUUAAUGAAAGAAAUGAUGUAUGGUGCUGCUGUUCGGUAAGCAGUGACAGUUCUAAUUAAUUUAUUUUGUAUAUUAUUAUUUAUUAAUAAAGGUCAACACUGAAUAAAGAGAUGGAAAACACCCAA